AUGAAGCCUGGUAGACAGGUAGAGACUACCAAACCUCAACAGAAGUGGAUGAAUCCAUGUAGACAGGUAGAGACCACCAAACCUCAGCAGAAGUGGAUGAAGCCAGGUAGACAGGUACAGACCACCAAACCUCCUCAGAAGUGGAUGAAGCCAAGUAGACAGCAGAGGUGGAUGAAGCCAGGUAGACAGGUAGAGACCACCAAACCUCAGCAGGAGUGGAUGAUGCUAGGUAGACAGGAAGAGGAGACCGCAGAACCUCAACAGGAGUGGAUGAAGCCAGGUAGACAGGUAGAGACCACCAAACUUCAGCAGGAAUGGAUGAAGCCGGGUAGACAGGUAGAGACCACCAAAUCUCAGCAGAAGUGGAUGAAGCCAAGUAGACAGGUAGAGACCACCAAACCUCAGCAGGAAUGGAUAAAGCCGGGUAGACAGGAAGACGAGACCACAGAACCUCAACAGGAGUGGAUGAAGCCAGUUAGACUGGUAGAGAAGGCCACAGAACCUCAACAAUAA